AUGAAAGAUACUGUUGAGGCCGCGGCGCUGUGGUGGGCGGGGGUGGUGGUGGGUGAAGGGCCGACCCCGCUGGGGAUGGCGGCAGGUCCAGUACCAGCAGCACACCAGCAGGAGUCCCUCUACACUGAUAAUGGUGGUGGUCGACGUGGGAGGGGAGAGUCGUGGUGGUGGCAGGAGGCGAGGGAUGGAACUGCCAGAGCAUUAAAGAACGGCAACAUCUUCAAGUUCAGGUUCCCGCGGGCGCCAAGGCUACGGGUGGCGGUUGAGGAAUGGCUGCCGUACACGAAGGUAAAUUGGCGGGAAAGAAAGGGUGUUCCACGCGUCACUGGUCCUUCGAAGAAGCUCCUCGAUCUCGCUGCAACGGCCUUAAACUUCCAGUAUACCUUCGUGAGAGGCGACGGGUACUUCGGGAUCGUUCAGAAGGACGGCUCUUGGAACGGCAUGAUGGGCAUGUUGCGCAGGAACGAGGCCGACAUUGCGCUGGGGCCCAUUGGCAUGAGUCUACACAGGAGCAGAGUGGUGGACUUCACCUUCCCGCUGGGGCAGGAGAGUUAUAGGAUCAUGACAGCUCGCCCUCAGCUUCUGCCUGACUCCUGGACCAUGGUCGCGCCUUUCACGUGGCCCGUGUGGGUGAGCCUGGUGCUGUCGCUGCUGGGUAUGUGGGGGGCCAGUUGGACGGUGGCCCGCUUCACGUACAAGUUCCAGGGGCCACGGGCCCCCGGCGACCACCUCUUCAACGUGUAUGCUAUCCUCGUCUCUCAAGGUCUGACGUGGCAGCCCAGAGGAACAGCCAUAAGGAUCACGUGUCUCACCUGGAUGUUCGUGUCUCUCAUCUUCACCUCGUAUUUCAAGAGCUCCUUCUCCUCGUUACUGACGGUGAAGUCGCUGCCGGCGACCGUCGACUCGCUCGAGGACCUCCUCAACGACCAGUCCCUGGCCCUGUUCCUCGAGGGCAACACCUCCUUCGUCUCCCUCGUCCAGAAUGCCACUAGCGGCGCCUUCGAGAAGCUGGCAAGGGAGUUACGACACCGGGGCAAGUUCUUCGCCAACUUACAGCUGGCGGAGUUCGUGAGGGACCACUUGACCAGCGACCACAAUGCCGCCCUUCUCGAGGAGAACACCAUUAAAAAGUUUAUGGCCAAAGACCUGGCCAAUACAGGCAGAUGCAACUUCUACCUGUCCAAGGACUCCUUGUACUCUAUGUUCGUGGCCCUCGCCUUCCCCAAGGGCAGCCCUCUCCUGCAGCUCUUCAACGCCAGAUAGCGUUCGGAGUGCUACUGGUGGGAUCCGGGUUAGCGGCUCUGAUCCUCCUGUGGGACAUCCUCUACUCUCGAUUCCGGGAGAAGGGGAUCCAACACCUGGUACUGAUAAGUCUGCUGGUCCCAGGAACGAUAUAAGUGGGAUUGAGUGGGACUUGAGCGCCCGAUUUUGUGAAGGAAUAAAAGUGGAUUUUGUGAGAUUUAAGUGCGGUUUAAGGGAUUUAGGCUUGUUUUAAGGGAUUGAAGCUCGGUUUAAAGGUUUCGAAAAUAUCAAAUGCACAUGUGAAUCGUCAGAACAGAUUAUUAUCUAAUCAACCUAUUAACCAUCCACUUAUUCAACAAUUCACUACCAUUCAACUAUUCUUUGGACCAUUCUAUUUUCAUUAUUCAUUAAUGUAAUUACACAUUAAAUAUCAGUGAUAUUUAACUGUUUCAUUAUCGUGCCCAUUAAGCUACCCAAUAAAACAACAAUUCCCACUUAUCCCUGUUUGAAAAGCCUUUGACAAGCCGCCGGCUUCCUGUCCUCUUCGAGGCCUCUAGUGUUAGUGGUGUUCAGGUAAAAUAUACCAUAUAUGAAAAAAAUUCCAUCUAUAUAUAUCUCCUUGUCCUCAUACCCCAGCUCCUUGUCCUCAUGUCCCAGAUUCGUGUCCUCAUAU